AUGCCAUCUUCACAACGCCCAUUCUUUCUCUCCUCCUUCCUUGCCGCCUUCAGGCAACAACCUUCCACCACCACAUCCGCGCUGUCGGCGUCGCAACAACCGAAUAAGACGCACACACAUACGCAUUCGCACACGCAUCCUCAGCCCGGGCAAACCUCCACAUCCUCGGCCCGUGGCAUCUCCACCACCACCACCUCCUCCGCCGCCGCAGCAGCCACACAGAGCGUGAUGAACCAAAUACCCAUACACAGCCCGCGGCCGCAUCAUCACCACCACCACCAGGGCAGCAUACCCAUACCGGACGCCACGGGCCGGCGGCGGGGCAGCGACAGCAGCUCCGAGGGCUUCCGGGACGUCAUGGGCGGCGACAAGUGGUACAUCGGCGGCAGGACGGCCGGCGGGGAGGAGAAGUUCUUCAAGCUAGGCGUCGUGAGGAGGGUGAGGAGUACCGAUCGCCUGAGCCUGGAUCGCCUGAGUUUAUGA